GAGUCGACAGUAAUAAUCCGAGAUGUUCUGACUGAUUUACAUUUCCGGUGCUCGGUGGUGAGGAUGAGAGUAUUAUUUACCCGAUAAUUGACAAGAAGCGGUAGAUUUGAGUCCGUAGCGCAUCAAUUUGAGCCAAUGGCAAUGAAUGUAAUUCUAGUAAGCUAGUAUGACGCAGAAACCACGUUGAAGUUAUGCCUCACUCAGCCUCAGCUGAGCCGGGACAGGAAGGUCGCCUGAUUAGAAAUUCCAGAUGUCGCCUUUACUGUCUUGCCCCGUCCGAAGGCAUGCCAACAGUAUUCGUACAGAUGCGUACUAAUUGCGCUGUGGAUAGGCAAUCUCUCACUGGAGCCAGACGUGUGAAAACACGACAGUGUUCCAUCAAUAUGACUCACGGGAUCUUUGAUUUCUAAAGCCCUUGUCAUGAGGUUAAUGUGAUUUCAGUGCCCGAGGAAGCUUGUUGAGAAGCAGCAAGAACUAGGUUGAUUGAUCCAUUGACCAACGUUGCCACAAACAUGGUAUCCAGCUCAUCCGAGAUCGGAGUACCUUGGAGGAAUGGAUGUAUGAUUGAUUGUCACAGGUUCAUCUAUGCCUGUCAUUCGCAAUCAACAACCGUCAGGACUAUAACAAGCCGGAGCAGAGAACUGCGAUGCAAUUUGUUUGCUAGCGGGCAGUGUUGUCGGGAACCCAUUUUCUAGCGUGCUUCGACUCCAUCUUCCAUGCCGUUUGCUCACCGGAAUCUCCACCUGGAUAGAGGAUCAAGAUAUCAGCCAGCUAGACGAUGCCGGAAAGUGGGGUAGAAGAGCAUUCUAGAGUAGAAGACCACUCCUUUAUGUCAUGGAGAGUUCUAUCUGCAAGAAGUUGGAGGAAAGCUUUUCUAAAUCUUUGUCUCGCGCAGGACAGCUUAGAAUAAUCGCAUUUAAUGGAUUUACCUGAAUAACACCUAUCGAGUUUGCAUUGACCCGUUUUCCAAUUUAACAUCGCAAAAUCUGGAUAGCGAAACUCUUUUUGUCGUUGCC